AUAUACAAAGAAGAUACUUGAAAGCAGUAGCAUGGAAGAUUGCAACCCAAGUUAUGUUCCAAUGAAGCCUCGUCUUAUACUAAGCAAGAAAAGUGAAGCACCCGUGGUUGAUGCAACGGAGUAUAGAAGUGUGGUCCGAAAGUUGAGGUAUCUCACGAAUACAAGACCAGACUUGGCCUAUUCCGUUGACAUAGUGAGUCACUUCAUGGAAGCACCCACGACGAAAUACUGGACAGCUGUGGAAAAUAUACUCAGGUACAUCAAAGGGACAACAAACUUCGGUUGUGUCUAUUUGAGAGAGAAGAAGAAGGAGAUGCUGGAGCUAUUGGGCUACAGUGAUAGCGACAUGUCAGGAGAUGUGGACGACCGUAUAAGUACCUCGGACGUGGUAUAUUUCUUGGGAGGAAAUAUAGUGAGUUGGCUAUUACAAAAGUUGAAAGUGGUCGCAUUAUCCUCACGUGAAGAAGAGUAUAUUGCAGCUGCAACCGCGGUGUUUCAAGGUGUGUGUCUAGGAAGGCUACUUGGUGACCUCACAGGUAAGGAACGAGUGGUGCACAACGUUGACGACAAGUCUACAAUCUCUCUGUGGAAGAAUCCGGUGAGUCAUGAUAGACCCACAGACAUCGAUACAAGGUAUGGGUACCUACGGGAGUGCGUGGAAGAAAGCAAGAUUGACGUCAACUACAUUUGCACUGACGACCAGCUUGCAGAUAUCCUGACCAAGUCUUUGGGACGACAGAAGUUUACAGAGAUGCGGAGAAGGAUCGGUGUCCAAGCUCUGAAGUGA